AUGUCGCAGAAAGGAGAAACUGACACCUUCCAACCGCCCAAGGCGGCUCAGAGCCAGGAAAAGCCCGGACUGGAAAAGAAAAUGGCGCCUUCUAGUGAGGUCACCAGACUUGAAGGAAGCCAAGGAUUUGUUGAAUAUGCCGGCGCAGAUAAGCUCAAGGACAAAAAGGUCCUGAUCACCGGUGGCGACUCGGGCAUUGGUCGCUCAGUCUCGGUUUUGAUGGCCAGAGAAGGCGCAGAUCUCACCAUUGUAUAUCUACCAGUAGAGCAAGACGAUGCAGAAGAAACAAAGAAAAUGGUCGAAGCCGAAGGCAGAACCUGUUUGCUCCUUCCUGGAGACUUGAGAAAGUAUGACUUCUGUCGUCAAGCGGUUGAAGAGCACAUCAAAAAGCACGGUGCUCUCAAUGUACUCGUCAACAAUGCUUCGAAACAGUAUUCAUGCAAAGAUCUAGCAGAAAUCGAUCUCGAGAAGGUCGAAGAUGUGUUCCAAUCGAACAUUCUUCAAAUGAUCGCGAUCACAAAAUACGCCCUUCCGCAUAUGUCUAGAGGCGACUCGAUUAUCAACAACACCUCAGUGGUUGCUUUCCGCGGUACAGCAGGCAUGGUGGACUAUGCUGCCACCAAGGGAGCGAUUGUCGGGUUCACAAGGUCUCUCGCACAGCAGCUCAUUCCAAAGGGUAUCCGAGUUAACGCGGUCGCCCCUGGCGUGAUCUAUACUCCAAUCCAAGCUGACACUCGGGAUGCCGAGGGAAUGAAGAAUUUGGGGGAGAGUAAAGCUCUCGGCCGUCCGGGUCAAGCAAGUGAAGUUGCGACCAGCUUUGUUUUCUUGGCUAGCAGAGAUGCUUCUUUCUACUAUGGACAGAUUCUGCAUUGCUAUCCGCUAGGAGAUUAG